CUCCGACCUCUUUCCACAUUUUCUAUCGUCGAUAUGGGCGAAUCAACCAAAAUUGAUCUCCUUCGUGGCUGGCCAGCACAAGAUUUGCUUCCAGCAGCCCAGAUCCUGAGCGCCUCUUCAGCUGCUUUAUCUGAGCCGAACAUUUUUCAACCAGGUCUCAACUAUGGCGAUGAUAAGGGUCAUCUGCCCCUUCGGCGAAACCUGGCUGAAUACCUCAACAACUACUACGGCACACCCUCAAAGCCUUGCGUCGAUCGAAUCUGCAUCACUGGAGGUGCAAGUCAGAAUUUAGCUUGUAUCUUGCAGGUCUACACUGAUCCUGUAUAUACUCUUGGUGUCUGGGUCGUGGAACCGUCGUACUUUCUUGCAUUUCGUAUCUUCGAAGAUUCGGGCUUCCAUGGCGACAAGUUGCAAGGUGUACCAGCCGACAAUGAGGGGAUAAACGUCAGCCAUCUUACAGCCAAAAUGGAGCAGGCAGAAGCUUCUACUGAUGGACAAACGCCUUGGGUCCCAACCAAGCCAAAUCAACCACAUCGCAAAUUCUACAAACACGUCAUCUACUGUGUGCCAUCCUUCUCCAAUCCGACUGGAUGCACCAUGUCGCAAUCUCGACGGAAAGCACUGAUCCAACUAGCUCGCAAACACGAUGCCUUGAUCGUCUGCGACGAUGUGUACGAUCUCGUUCACUGGCCUACAGAAUGGCAUGCACAGCCAGAUACUAGCCCAAUCGAUAUCACUCGAGUUGUCGACCUGGACAGAAGUGAUCAAGGGCAAGAAUUGCAGGCAGAUGACUUUGGAAACUGUGUCAGCAAUGGAAGCUUCAGUAAAAUCAUUGGUCCAGGUUGUCGUGUUGGAUGGGCCGAGGCUACACCAAGAUUUAUUCAUGGUCUUUCUCAAGCCGGCUCGACUCGUUCUGGUGGCGCUCCAUCUCAAUUAAUGUCGUCCAUUAUCAACGAGAUUUUCGAGCAGGGGACUUUUGACGAACAAAUCCGGAAAUCAUUAAUCUCGGAAUACUCCACGCGAUUCCACUCGCUCGUCGCGGCUAUCAAGCAAGAUCUUUAUCCACUUGGAUUUCGCUUGGACGAAAAGUUGACCAACGGCAAGAUCAUGGGCGGCUUUUUCAUAUGGCUUCGUUUGCCUGACGGGGUCGACGUUGAUGUGUUGGCAGAAAAGGCAGAGCAGUUUGGCGUCUUGGUCAGUCGGGGACCUUUGGCUGCUGUUCCAAGGACUCAGACGAACUCGCUGCCUUUUGGAGACCAUAUGAGACUUUGUUUUACAUUUGAAUCUGCAGAAGACCAACAGAAAGGGAUUAUGAGACUAGCCGAAGCUUACAAAAGUUUGUAG